AUGCUCCGGCUGACAGUUAAAAGUAGCACGGUGCCACCGUUCCCAGGUAGGAAUAACUCUUCUCUGUCCCCUAGUUCUGCGAAACUGCUGUCUUUCUUGCCUUUGUUCAGGAGUCUCAGCUGCUCCAUGAACAAUCGUCCGGGUUCUCUCACUGCUCUGCGUGCAGCGGACCUAGCUCUGGCUACCCUAAGCCUUUCCUAUCUUUGCCCAGGAGUUUCAGCUGUUCUACGAGCAGCAGACCUAAUUCCUUCUUCUGAAGCCUAUCCCGUCUCUGAUCUUCUACAACCGUCCUUUCUUUCGGCUUACAGUCUUUCUUCCCUUUAUUCCGAUGUUUCAACUGCCUUAUGUAAAGAAUUCUAUGCACUUUGGGUCUGCAGAUAUGUUUCUGUCAGUGUUCCGGUAUCCUUCAUAGCUCUUCUUGGAGAACCCCUUGUAUUUUCUUUCUUUUUAGUUGAUAAAAGUCUUGUUUGA